AAAAAAAAAAAAAAAAAAAAAAAAAAAAAAAAAAAAAGAAAGAAGAGAGAGAGAUUCGCUAAGUAGAGAUGGUGUAAAAAGGAAGGUCAGUAUGCGUAGAAAGGUAUGAUGCGAUGAUGGGACUACGAUGCUGCAGAGAGUGAGAGGCAGAAGGGCGUCGAAGAGUUUUAUAGAUUACAACACAUCAACCAAACUGUCGACUUUGUGACAAAGAUGAGGGCUGAAUAUGGUAAAUUAGAUAAGAAGGUGAUGAGCAUUUGGGAAUGCUGUGAGCUUCUUAACGAGGUAGUGGACGAGAGCGAUCCAGAUCUUGACGAGCCUCAGAUUCAGCACUUGCUUCAAUCUGCCGAAGCCAUCCGCAAGGAUUACCCUAAUGACGAUUGGCUUCAUCUAACCGCUCUUAUCCAUGAUCUUGGGAAGGUUAGGAAUCUUCCACAGUUCGGUGGACUUCCUCAAUGGGCUGUUGUUGGUAACUAAAGUUACAUUUUGUCAUUAAAUGUGACACGUUCCCUCUUGGGUGUGCGUUUGAUGAAUCUAACGUACACCACAAGGUACCAUCGCCACGUCACGACCGAGCACCGAUCGAGCCAUCCGCGUAUCACCGUCCAGAGCACGUAUCAUCACCCGCGUAUCAUCGUCUAAGCUCUUAUCGCGUAUUGUGUAUCAUCGUCUGAUCACUAUCGAGCCACCGGACGAGUCAUCGACCCAGCUGUCCAUAUCAGCCGAUCACACCGGCUAUCCGUACCGACGUCCGAUAACCGUUGGCCGUCCGUACCAUUGCCGCACCAGCCGACUGUAUCAUCGACCGACCCCCGUUGACGUCCGACCAUCGUUGGCCGUCCGUACCAGCCGUCCGUCUCAAUCGUCCGUACCGGCGACCGACCAUCGUUGGCCGUCCGUACCAGCCAUCGCAUCGGCCGACCAUACCGCGUAUCAUCGUCCGAAUCCGCCGUCCGUACCGUCGUCCGACCAACAUCGGCCGUCCGUACCGUCGACUGUACCGAGUUCCAAGUCUGCGACCAUUAGCUGAAUGCUUGAUCUGACUUUGAUCAAGUAUGGAGUAUGCAGAUCCUUACUCCGAUGAUGAACUGUGGUGCGAAGAGUACCAAGGCAGCGACCCGGAGCAAAAGGCCACCGAGGACGAGCCAUGGAACGACGAACACACUGGUGCCGAUCCGGAGCCAGCGACUACCGAGAACGCGUCUUGGUACCAAGAGGACUUUGAAGAAGGCUCGGAACUAGAGGAACACGAGCAUGGAUCACCAGACUGCUAUUGGCCGUCUAUGUCCCGAGCUACGCGCUAUAACAAGCCAAGGUCGAACCGCUAUGAUGACUCCGACAAUGAUGACCUGGGUUCUUACUAUACGCCGUCCGCAUAUCAUCGAGAGCCGCGGAAGGAAUACUCGAGUUGCACCCGAGCAAUCCCAACCUUUCCAUCGCACGCAUCAUCGAGCAAGUCAAGUGCUUGCCGCACUCGGAACCAAGGACUUCCGAGCUGGUCACCACGCGCAACACCGAUCAAUCCGUCAAGUCGCGACCGAGAUAAAGCCAAGGCGAGCAUUGUGGUUUCUCGGACUAAGUCAAGGGAGCAGACCGCAAGGAAGCCAGCGCAAUCUCCCGGAGCACCAAAUUUCACGGACGAGUUGAUCUCUAUCCGAUCUGAACUCCAACACCUUGGAGAAAUGUUGGGCCAGGCAGCGAGAUCUUACACCCAGGGAGAAUCAUCACGGCACCAACACUCGGCCCUUGUAACUGUACCAACACCAGUCCCGCGAGUUCUUCAUCAGCCGGAACAAGGUGACUUGACGCGGAACAAGCCGAAUACCGACUUGAUUGAGAACGCCGCACCAACGACGCAAGCUAACCGUACGCUGAGCCUAGGACGUGAUUUCGAUCGACAAGUCUGUCCAGAAGAAGUCAUUAACUCGGGAGGAAUCGUAGAGAAGCCAGCCGAGCCCCCAGACCGACAAGUUCUUACACUCGGAGGUCCAAGUUCGGGUCAUUACGCAGACCACGGAAAACUCUUUACCGCUCUCGAUCGAGGCUUAACCGACACUCGACCGCCGCGUCCGGAGCCGACCAUAGUACGCGAAUCCUUACCCAGGACGCGUACCGAGCCAUCAACCGAAGUCCAAGGAGAUUCUGGCCGCGCAAUUGAAGUCAUAUCCGGUAAUCACUCGGUAAUGGGGAGUUCCAAGUUAGCUAGGCCACCGGAGAUGGCCAUUGAUGGAUCUUUUCACUCGGUAUUGUCCAUGACUACUUCAAGUAGUAAGCUCCAGCUGGGAGUCGCCUAUACCGUGCCAUCCUUCUCCACCCUUAGCGCCAAGGCCGUUACCGCACAAGGUCAUAUGGCGAUGUAUUUGUCCAACUUUGGUGCGGAUCAAACUUAUGUGUGGCAUCCUGGAGAGUCUCAGCAAGCAACCACGGUUCAUGAAGGGAUCCGAGCGACCAGUGCCGCUGGCCUUACCGGGGAAGUCCUAUCCUUUUCUCUUAAGGCCUUACUGUUUCCUUUUGAUCCCGGUAAAUUAAACCGCGGUUGGCCUUUUGAUGCUGCUGAUUUGGGUUUUCCUUUUUGAUCCAGGUGAUGAGCAAAGUUUUGAGGCCAAAACUUCUAUAAGAGGGAGGGAAUGAUGUGAUCACGGGAUCGACCACUCGGCCGUGAACACUCGAUUCUCUCGGACGUCUCUCAACCACCUCUCGGACAACACUUGGACGCCUCUCGGACACUUAUCGACAACUUGGAACCGGCCUUCCUAGUGAUGCGCGGUACCAACUAGUUUCCAAGGAUCAUCAAGGAGGAGCAAGUAAAGUCAUCUAAUGGGCUUUGCAAUCCAAGCUUCAACCCUCACACCAAUGGCUCAUGGCUAGCAUCACCACUUAAGAGCCUUGAGUUGCGACCAGCUUUGGGAAGCUUAGUUCGCGAGUCUUCACCAUCGCGCAAGCGUGAAGACGCCCCUAAGUCAUUAGAAGGAGCUGUACUCUUUUCCCUACUUUGGGUUUGU